AAAAAAGCUUUGAGGAAGAACUGAACCAGAGGUCGAAAGAAUGGAGCUUCGGCUUUUAAUUGGAAAGCUCGUCUUGUUGAGUUUCUUUGUGCUCUGGGAUGUUUGUGAAUUUGUUGAAACUCGUCAGGACGCGAGACUUCAGCACAGCGAUGAGAACGUAAUCAACCUCUUGGAGGCUCUUAAAGUCACUAGGCCUCGUCGAGGGGUUUCCAGCGUCAAAGGCCGUGACCCAGAAACACCAGCUUGGCGGUUCCGGUCCAGCACGUCUCAUCUCACACUUCCACAGGAUUUAUCGCAGCACCUCCUGUCCACCUCACAGGGUGUGCUGGGUUUGCACCUGGUGGGCCGCCAGACCAAGGCUUUGGAGGCCACCCUGAUCUCCUUCGCCUCUCCAUCUGACCCGCAACAAGACCGACGCCCCCUGCUGGAGCUCACCUCUAACACCCGCGCCAACUGGCUGCAGCUGGAGUUCAGGCCAGCGAAAGGCCUACGACCACAGGUGGUGAAGUUUCCGGGUGGAAGUCCGUUCACGGGUGGUGGUUGGGUGAGAAUGGCUCUGAGUGUGGAGCCCAGGCAAGUGCUGCUGUUUGUGGAAUGCCAGGAGGCCGUGGUGCUCAAGCUGAAAGAAGGAGGUCUAAUUCUGACUCUGGAUUUCCCACCUGAUCUGCAGGUUACGUUCUCCAGCACUGCAGGAAAUAAAGACAGCAAGUUCAUUGGUCUUUGGCAGACUGCUGAACUCUCCACAAGGGCGUUUGAGAGGCGUCCAUGGUUCUGUGGCAAUGUAACAGACUCCCUCCCUCACUCGGUUCUAAAACAAGAUCCUGUCCAGCCCACCGGUCCGCCUCUGUCAGCCGUCUCUGACCUGGAUGUGAUGCAGGACCAGGGAGAGAACCAUGGAGGAGGAGCAGAAUUAAGCAUCCCCGGGUAUCCCAUUGACUUACAUAUUGGCCGACUGGAGAACAAACUGCAUAGCGUCAACACCAUGCUGGACAUGCUCAAGAAACAGAACGCUCACCUGCAGGCACGAGUCGAGAACUUGGAAACCUGCGAGUGUGUGAGGCGGGAGUGUGUUUGGGAAGGCCGUCAGAUGGAGGAGGGCUCUCGUUGGUCGCCUGACAGUCGCACCGUGUGUUCGUGCACCAAUGGGAAGGUGCAGUGUGACCGCUCAAGUGAAUGCAGCUUUCAAGGCAAUAUCUAUAGCAAUGGUGAUGUUUUCAGUCCAGACGACUGCUCUAAGUGUACAUGUGAGAGUGGAAGAGUGGAAUGUGAAGUGAUUUCAUGCCCAUCACUAUCUUGUUUACAAACGACUGUUCCUCUGGGAUUCUGCUGUCCUGUCUGCCAAACAAGAUGUGAUCAUGAGGGGGAUAUCUAUGAGAACGGCGAUGUGUUUGUGUCUAGAUCGAACCCCUGCCUCAGCUGUUCCUGUUCUAACAGUCGGGUGUCGUGUAACCCCAUUCAGUGUCCACCAGCCCUGUGCCCCAAUCCUUACAGGAGACCUGGGGAGUGCUGCCCGACCUGCUCUGCGUGUGACGUGGACGGUCAGCCGUACAACGGCUCUUUCAGCACACUCGAUGGCUGCCAGACCUGCACAUGUCAGGGUGGGACUCAAGCGUGUGUGGGCGUGCAUCAGUGUCCCCAGACGUGUCAUGACGGCGUGAAGCCGCCGUUCGACUCUUGCUGCAGAGAUUGUUCCCGUUGUAACUAUGAGGGGCAAGUUGUCCUAGACAGCGUCUCUUUCCAAGUCUCCCGACCGUGCAAACACUGUGUGUGCAAUGGUGGGAAUGUAGCCUGCAACACUGAGACCUGUCCUGCUCUUGCCUGUAAUUUGGUGGAGACUGUUGGUGGACAGUGCUGUCCCCGGUGUCGAAGUUGUUUUGAAGAUAACGUGUGGCACUUGCAUGGCUCUCAGUGGAAACACUCUUAUGAAGCCUGCAUGACCUGUACAUGCUCCGAGGGCCAGGUUCACUGUGACAGUGAACGGUGUGAUGUCCGCUGUAGUAACCCGGUCUCUCCUCGUCCUGGAUCCUGCUGCCCUGUCUGUGACGGUUGUAGUGUGAAUGGAGUAGACGUCCCAAACGGGCAAAGACUGCCGCCUGGACCCCAGUGUGAGGGUGACUGUGUAUGUGAGAAUGGGAAUAUUCGAUGCACACCGCAUCCUUGCCCACCGACCCCCUGUCAAUAUCCAAUCAGGAGACCAGGAGAGUGUUGUGCACGAUGUGAGGAGUGCAUAUAUGAGGGAGAGCGGUACGUUGACGGGCAAACCUUUGUAUCAAGACAGGAUCCGUGCUUGAGAUGUGAUUGCUUGGGUGGACAAGUGUCAUGUGACCCCACAGAAUCAUCAUGCCAGGCUGUUUACUGCACACACCCGACGAAACCACGCGGCCAGUGCUGCCCUUCCUGUGACAUGUGUGAAUAUGAAGGAAGGAUUUAUGAAAAUGGGAAGGAGUUCAGGCCACCUGGUGGAGGUCCCUGUCUUCAGUGUAUAUGCAAGCGGGGUAAUGUGAGAUGUCAUCAGGAGAGAUGCCCAACCUUGAGUUGUGCAAACCCCAUUCCCCCUCAACCUAAUUCCUGCUGUCCAGUGUGCAGUGGAUGUGUGUGGAAUGGUGAUGUGUAUGUGGAAGGAGACACAUGGACUGAUGCUGGCCAAAGCUGCUCUUGUACAGGUGGUGAGGUGGUGUGCGGUUAUAGCUGUGAACCAGAUCCUUCACCACCCUGUGCAGAACCAACCAGAACACCAGAUGGUCAGGAGACGUGCAUUGACAACUUGACACCAGCUCCUCCUCAACCCUACGCAGACCCAACCAGAAUACCAGGAUGUGUGUUUAAUGGUGAUGUAUAUGUGGAUGGAGACACAUGGGCUGAUGCUGGCCAAAGCUGCUCUUGUGCAGGUGGUCAGGUGGUGUGCGGUUAUAGCCGUACACCAGCUCCUUCACCACCCUGUGCAGAACCAACCAGAACACCAGGUAUGCACUGCUUACCUUGCUUAGAUGGACGACACGACCCCGCUGUCUACAUAGAUGGUGAGUGCUGUGACUCUUGCGGUCAGUGCCAGUUUAAGCAGCGUAUCUAUGAAAACGGCCAGGUCUUCACUGAUCCGGAUGACCCCUGUAAGAAAUGCACCUGUCAGGAUGGCAAUGCAAUAUGUGGCACACCUGGUUGUAAAGCAGUUUCCUGUUCUAAUCCGUACACUCCCCCUGGAGAGUGCUGCCCACGCUGCCCAGACUGCGAAUAUGAUAACCGCAUCAUUACCAAUGGCGCAACAUUUACGAACCCUGAUAGUCCGUGUGAGGAUUGCGUUUGCACUGAUGGACGUGUGAACUGUGGAAGUCACGAGUGCCCAAGACCAAACUGCAAUUAUCCUCGGCCGGGGACAUGCUGUCAGAUCAACUGCAACGGAUGUAGUUAUGCAGGUAAUGACUAUCCAAAUGGAAUGGAAUUUCCUCAUCCAACGGACAAAUGUAGGACUUGCCAUUGCACCAACGGUAAUGUCCAAUGUUUGAUGAAGCGGUGUCCACCAGUACAUUGUUCUGACGCUUAUGUUCAGCCAGGAGAGUGCUGCCCGCAGUGUCCAGCACCCCCUGCUGAUUGCGUGGUUGAAGUGCAGUUCUACAGGCACAGAGAGCAGUUCUACCAUCCCACCGACAGCUGUCAAUCAUGCUCCUGCUCCAAUGGGACGGUGAACUGCCGGCACAGGCCCUGCCCAUCUGCAGUCUGCUCACAUCCUAUAAUUCAAGAGUGCUGUCGCACAUGUGAUGGCUGUCUUUAUGUUGGGAGGGAAUAUGCUAAUGGCGCCACAUUUGAGGAUGUGUCAGACUCGUGCCAGACGUGUUUUUGUCGUGAUGGUACAGUCAGAUGCGAGAAGAAGUACUGUCAGCAUGUUGCUUGUCCCUUUCCUGUGCAGGGAGAGUGCUGCCCACGCUGUGAUGGUUGUCGGUAUGCUGGCAUUGAAUAUCUGAAUGGUCAGGAGUUUGCAGAUCCUGCUGAUCACUGCGGGCGUUGCGUGUGCACGAAUGGACAUGUGAACUGCCAUCGAAGGCCGUGUCACAGCCCAGGAUGUAGCCACCCCAUCACCCGUCCGGACCAGUGCUGUCCCGUGUGUGAUGGCUGUUUGUUCCAUGGAAGAGUUUAUGCCGAUGGCGAGGCAUUUCCAUCACCCACAGCAUUCUGUGAGGAGUGCAGAUGUUCUAGAGGCGAUGUACAGUGUUCUCCGAAAAGCUGUCCCAGCGCCCCCUGUCCUCACCCUGAGCUGGACCCCUGUGCAUGCAGUGUGUGUGAAGGCUGUAACUUCAACGGUCGGGAGUGUGGAAACGGAGAACGCUUCCCUGAUCCCAAUGACCACUGCCAGGGCUGUACCUGCCUGAAUGGUAGUGUAUCAUGCACACCUGUGUCCUGUCCAGAGGCACCCUGUAGGUGGCCCGUGCGUCCUCCAGGUGAGUGCUGUCUAGUGUGCACUGGGACGUGUGAACACCUGGGACAGGUGCAUGAGUCCGGCUCCACAUUCACUCCUGUGAACGACCACUGCUCUACCUGCACAUGCCUGAACGGGGACGUCUCGUGUCACAGGAAUCGCUGUUCUCUGCAGUGCACACACCCGGUGCAUUUCGCGGACUGUUGUCCAGUGUGUGACAGCUGUCUGUUUGAAGAGAAGCAGUACGCACACACACAGACGUUCUACUCGCCCUCUGACCCCUGCAGGCGCUGUGUGUGUCUGCGUGGAUCAGUGAUGUGUACUCCUGUCGCCUGUCCUGCUGUUUCCUGUCAAAACCCUGUCACCCACCUGGGACAGUGCUGUCCACACUGCAGAGUGUGCAUUGAACAAGGUCAGGAGUAUGUUGACGGAGAGAGCUUGACCCUCCACACUGACCCCUGCUUGAAAUGCACCUGUUUGGAUGGUGAGGUGACCUGUGUGCGACCUCGUUGUGCUAAGUUGACCUGUAUGCAUCAAGUGACUGACCCCGGCUCCUGCUGUCCACGCUGCAGAGGUUGUAUGUAUGAUGGUGUUGAGCAUACUGAAGGCAGUACCUGGUUUUCACCCAGUGCUCGCUGCAUGUCUUGUAUGUGUGUGGACGGCGUGACCACCUGCUCUGAGGUCCAGUGUCUCUCCACGUGUCUCAACCAGAUCAGUGUACUGGGUGAAUGCUGCCCAGUGUGUGCAGAUUGUGUUUUUGAAGGUCGUGUGUAUGCCCCGGGAGAGAGUUUUCACCCCUCUGGUGACCCCUGUCAGAUCUGCACCUGUGAGGUGAUGCCAGAUGGGAAACAGCACUUGCGAUGUUACAGGAUGCAGUGCCCGAGUCUGGUGGACUGCCCCAAACACAAUAUUCUCUACAGCAGCUCAGAUUCAUGCUGCCCUGUCUGUGCACAGCCUCUCAGUAACUGCACAGCUACACUCAUCGGUAAUGAGGUUUUAGCCACUGAUGAUCCAUGUUAUACCUGCCAGUGCAAGGACUUGACGUGGACUUGUGUCCAUCAGGGAUGCCCUUCUCUGAGCUGCCCCCUGACUGAGCAGCACAUGCCCCCCGAUUCCUGCUGCCCCGUCUGUAAUGAGUGUGUGUUAGAGGGUGACAGAACCCGCGUGCCAAACGGCCAGAGAUGGACAGACAAGGAGAACGAGUGUAUCACAUGCAUCUGCAAUCUGGGGCAUAUCGAGUGUGAUCUGCAGGAGUGUCCUCCUCUCGAUUGUCCGGAUGGAUCAGUCAAAGUGAAGAAUCCUGGGAAAUGCUGUCAGGAGUGCACAGGUGUCACAGCUGUAGUGUACACUAUAGACACUAUAGACCAACUGUGUGUGUAUGAGAAACAGAUGUACAGUCACAAUGACCACUGGGAGGUGGAUGAUUGUACGACCUGCACCUGUGUGUCUGGAGAUGUGCACUGCAAAACCCAGAGAUGCCCAACGCUUAUGUGUGGCUCGGAUGAAACCCCAGCUGUGGUUCCUGGAAUGUGUUGUCCUCGAUGCAUUCCUCGUCCCGCCACCUGUAUCGUGUUUGGAGACCCUCACUACCGAACAUUCGAUGGCAAGAUGGUGAACUUCCAAGGGACGUGUACAUACGUUCUGGCCGAGGACUGUAAUAGCGGAGACUUCAGUGUCCAUGUGUCUAAUGAGGACAGAGGACGAAAAGGAGUGUCUUGGACUAAAGAGGUGACGGUGUAUAUCGGUGAUGUUGUGGUACAGCUGUUUCAGGACUGGCUUGUCAAGGUUGAUUAUCAAACCGUCUCCCUGCCAUUUCUUAAAGAGCCGUAUGUUUACCUGGAGCGUAAGACGAACACCAUUCUUCUCAACACUAAUGUUGGGCUGAAGGUGUUGUGGAAUGGGCGUUCUCAUCUGGAGGUGAGCGUUCCUGGUACCUAUAAGAAGCGCAUGUGCGGUCUGUGUGGGGACUUCAACAACUACCAUCAGGAUGACAUGAGACUACGUAACAGACAACUGGCCAGCUCUGAGGCAGCCUUUGGAAACGACUGGAAGGUGGCCAGCGAAUCUCUCUCUAAUGUUAAGUGUCCUGACGCGCGGAACAUCAACCCGUGUAAGGAGUCAGGCUACGCUGCCCAUAAGACAGCAAACGCUCGCUGCGCAGUGCUGAAGUCGCCCGUGUUUGAGCGCUGCCAUAAGGUGGUGCCACCUGCGAUGUUCUUUGCUUCAUGUGUGUAUGAUCUGUGUGCCUGCGGCUCAAACAUGGACGAGUGUGUGUGUGACGCACUGGAGGCUUACGCGUCCGAGUGCCGUGAAGCUGGAGUUAUUCUGCAGUGGAGGUCGCCUACACUCUGUGCCGUUGGUUGUCCCCUGGAUCGAGGUUUUGUGUUUGAUGAAUGUGGACCGCCAUGUCCUAAAACCUGUUUUAAUAAAGACGUCCCGUUGGGUGUGAUCGAGGCUCACUGCUUUAAACCCUGUGUGCCAGGGUGCCAGUGCCCAGCCGGACUGGUAGAACAUAACUCCCACUGCAUCGCCCCUGAAAAAUGCCCUAAAGUUGUCCACGAGUCCCAUAAAUUUCCCACGGAGCCAAAUCAGUUCUAAAAC